ACAGUUGAAGACAAGCCAGGUGCUGAUGAACAAAUCUCAGUGGAAGAAGACUUGGAAGCCGAGGAGAAAGGUGAAAUAAAUGGAACUGAAAAGUGCGAAGCAUAUAUGUAUUUUUUAUAAUCAAAACCUGUGCUGUUUAGUGGGAUACCACCAGUCCUUAAAGAGACGUCAUGAUAUCUCAAACCUGAAAAAAAAUUGAACAAUUUUUCGUCAAUAGACCUAUUCGGCUAACUCAAUGUUGUACCCAAUUCAAAUCUCCUUUGGAUAAGAUUCUUUGUGUAUUGUAUUUUCAUUAUAAUGUGGCAUUCACAUUUAAAUGAUGUGGAAAUUCCUGAAACAAAACGUUUUAUUCCCAGAGGAUUUGAAUUGGGUACAACAUUGAGUUAGCCGAAUAGGUCUAUUUCUCUUUGGUUGUCAAAAGUCAUCAAGUGCGCGCUCUUGAAAAUGGUGCCUCGAUUGCUAGCAUUAUAAAAUAUUGUGUUUUGAUUAGUGACUUCCCACAUUUAAAAAGCGAAAGAAUUGACAAGUGUUGGAGGUUCGUUCGAGCAAUUUUUUUAAAAUGAUUAUGAAAUAGAAAUGGUGUGGAAAUUAAACCGGAAACAGUAUUAAAUGUUAAUGAAAAUACUUGAUCCGGUAUUGCGAUUGAACAUGGUAACAGACAUUUUUAAAGGGAAAGUUGUUUUAACCGAUCUGAUUUUUGGCCUCUGUAAAUCCCUAUCAGAACUUAAGUUGACUGUUGCUUGUGCGUACAUGUUCUUGCCUUGUUGGUGACAGAAUCAGAAUCAGGAUCGUCACCUAAAAAAUUAAAAUCAUGUUGAAUCAUGUUCUAAGACAUAAUGCAAAGUUAAAUGACUUCUCUAAAAGUUGUUGCGCAUAGAAUUCUACUCAUUAGGGCCGUUUAUACGAGAGAAAAUAAGCCGCGGAUUACAUAAGAUGCGAAAGGAACCAUUUAUACGAGUGACGGCCUAGUUCGCAGCCAGACCGGCCCAAUGAUGACGUAGUUUGUUUUGGUGCCCCGUGUAAUUUGCAACAAUUUCGGGAGCGAAACGAUUGGCUUUGGUCAGGGAAAUCGCCUUAUAUUACACUGUCUUUAUCGUUUCAAACAUUUGUGUCAAGGUUAGUGCUGGGCUCUUGCGAAACUUGUGCGGAAACCUCGACAAAACGUUCGUCAGCGAUCAAUCGAGUGGUUUGAAAGAGAUGUUCCCGCGAUGGGUGAGGUGAAGUUUUGACGAAAUUUCCGGCUCUCUCGUGCAGAAGGUCUUUUUCCCGCCAUUGCAGCGGGGGAGAAAAGACAGUAUGCGCAGGAAUCGUUAAAGGAUUCAUCAAACGGCGGACAAUGUACGGGGUGUUCGCGUCUUAUGUAAGCCGCGGCUUAUUUUAGACGGCCCUAUGUAUGUUACACUCAUAUAUUUCAGAUUUGAGCUGGGCAAAUUAUUGUGCACUAUCAGUGUAGUUACUUUAUAAGUCUGAUAUGGUCAUUCUCUUUAUUAUUUUAACUUUUAUUUUCAAGAGACGAUGACGUUUCCAACCCUUGGCCUCAGCUGUUUUGUUUACUUGUUGCUUGUGGAAGAAAUGGAGUUAAUGAAUUUUCCCGCUGUUUUUAGGUAAUAAAAUUUGCGUAAAGUUACAUUAAGUUUUUGAUUGGAUGAAAAAACCUCGGGCGACUUUGUUAUCCAAUCAGAAGCCGAAAGCAAACCAAUCGUAAUUUGCUCGUUCGCUUUUUCCCGCGCUUGGUGUUGGCUGCCGGUUACGCCUGUCAGCUUCAAGUUCUGAUUGGUUCUUCUUUAAUGUGUUUGCCUCUCUUGUGAUUAGUUAUUGGUAGCAAUUGCUUUGUCUUCGGUUUUUUACACUCGAAUUUUAUUACCAUCACUGUCGCGUCAAGAAAACUGCUCACCCAAGAAAACCGUUUUCUGAUCAUGUUCUUUAAAUAUUUUGUUCUACCACCUCACCCCAAAAAACCCUUUUCUGAUUCUUCAUUAAAGUGUUUGAAGAUUUUUUUAAAAUCUUUAGCAACCAUGACGGCAACGACAACGAGAACAGUAGAGACAAAAAAGGGUUAAAAAAUUAAUAAUACAACGCCUUUACGCGUGCACAUUUUCCUAUCUCUUUCUGUAAAAUAAUAGCGUCAAGGUUUGUAGAGAACGUGAAUGUAUGUUGUUUAAUGUUCCUGGCUGUAAUUGAAGCUGAAGGCCAUCUUUGGUAAUUCAUCUCAUGGAUAAUUGGAAACACGAAGAUCUGGGUACAACGUUUAUCUCGCCCAUGUUAUGCUUACGAUAAGCUUACGACAGAACGUUAAUCCAGUCAUUCGUUUGACUUAGCUUUUUAGCUUUUCAGACGUGGUUGUUUAAUUAGACCCCUAUCGUUUUAAUAACUUAUCAUAUUGGAGAUAGCCUGGGUCCAGGCUCCAAGGGGGAAAAUUGGCGAGAGAAGCGAGGAUUCCCCCACUUCCCUUAUUCUAUUUUUUCUCACGCUGUCUCCCCGCGAUUUUUAGCCUCCUUCCCCCAAACGGAGAGCCUAUUCACAAGCAUUAUUUAAGGUGGUGAUUCGAACAUCGCUUGGGAUGUGCUUACUAACAAAAAUGGUAAUUAUAUAACAGUACAGUUGCAAAUGUGAGAACCUGAGCUCCUUAUUCUAUUUUUUAAAUUGCAGUUUCAACUAUUUGCUGAGAGUUAACAUGAAGAACGUCCUUUUUCUUCUAAGAAGGUGAGUGAAGAAAACUAGUUAAUGUAAAUGUAAGGAUUUUAAUUUAAAGUAAUACUUUGUUACCAGAUGAAUUGUCUUUGCAGUGGCGUUGUGACACAAGUUCAGCAAGCGUUACCUCGUCUAACAUGGUCAGUCCAGUUGACACAUUUGAACUUCCGUUGCGAGACAUUUUCGGAUGUUACUAGAACGGGGAACGGGGAGUAGGGAACCAAUACGGGGAACGGGAAAAUGAAAAAUGGGAACAAAGCCUAAUUUGAACCCUAGCCCUAUCAGUAACCUCAUUUCCAAAUCUCGGUUUUGUUCCCAUUCUACAUUUUCUUGUUCCCUGUGCUUGUUCCCCGCUCCCCGUUCCCUGUUCUAGUAACAUCCGAAAAUGUCUUGCAACGGAAGUUCAAACGUGUCAACUGGACUGACCAUGUUAGACGAGAUAACACUUGCUGAAACUUGUGUCACACCGCUUCUGCAAAGACAAUUUUCAUAUGAAAAGUAGACUUGUCCGUCUACUCCUGUAAAGCUCGAUUGUGUCUGCCACUUGUAUUCUUCUUUAUUAAUUUUGUCUCAGAUUGUAUAGCCGGUUAUAUCAUCAUUACGUCACGGAAAAUACGCUUUACAAAUAGUAUUAUUACAAUAUUAUUAUUGUUGUUAUUAUUAUUAAUAUCAUCAUUAUCAUCAUCAUUAUUAUUAUUAUUAGCCGCCUAUACCGUAUGCUGAAUAAACCAGUCAAAACAACACAACUUUUUUUGACCAGACCAUUGGCAUGUUCCACAGUACAUUGCUUGCUGCAUCGAUUUUUUAGAACGUCACAGCUCCCAAUUUCAGCUUAAUAUUAAGGUUUCUAGCACAGUCUUCAGUUUAUUAUCUUUGUUUCGUUCACUUUUUUUACUUUCAUUUCUUCGUUGCUUUUCAGCACAGAGCACUGUGCCAUAUACAAGGGCUUGGUGCGUAUUUUGUGAGUCCUUGUGCUACCAAUAUUAUAACUAAUUUUAGAACAUUUAAGGAGACAUUCAACAAAAAAACAUACUUUAUUAAACUCUUCUCAGGAGACAUUCAAUUCUUUGACUCAUUCACCAAGUUACAUAACAGCCUCUCUUAAAAAGCUGUGGGCGAAAUCCUAUGGUGUUAUCAUUCAAAUGGAACCUCUUUGGAAGAACUUUUGCGUGGUGCUAUGUGUAGGAUUUUACAAAAAGAAAUUUGGAAAUUUUGUGAACUUUUGAGAAUUUGUUUACAUUUAUCCAUAUAAGGGGUAAGAAUUAAGGAUAGAUACUCGCUUUUAUCUAUUCGGCAUUUAAGCUGAACAUUUGUUUACUAGAAGUCUUGGCUUUUCUAAUCCAAGUGUGCUCCUUUUGAUCAAAUCAGCUGAGGGAAAGGGAUGGUUUCACUUUGGGAUUCGUUUUAUGAGCGGGACUCAGCUAUAAUAGCCAAGCACUUCAAGAAAAUAUCAGUUUAUCAGUUGAAAUGCAAACCGCGUUGUACCAAAUUGAGUGUUAGUAGGCAUCCGAGACACUGAUAUAAUAACUUAUGAACAAGUGUGUAUACUUUCUAGGCAGUUUUCAAAUAUAAUUUAGGGCCUCACUCAUCUUGGAAACAUGCGCAAUAUGUUGACAUCCUCCAUCUUUAAGGGGUGGUGUUGUCACCGUUUUAACAAAUGCGAUCUCUUUGCCCUCAGAAACUGUUGGAUGCAUUAUCUAGAAGAUUGAAGGAAAAAAGUAUGGUGUACAGACAUGAUGAGUUCAAAGAUAUAACAGAAAUUGUAAAGGUACGCAGGUGUUUGAUAUUUCAUCCUAGGUUUCCAUCAGAUUCCAUUGGGUGAAUAUUAGUACAACCUAGUAUGUUAACAGUGGCGUUCCUCAAGGUUCCCUUUUCUCAAGGUUCCCUUAUUGUUUAAUAUCAACUUUUAUUACAUCCAUUUGGAAAUCACAGGUGAUCCUUGCAAUCUGAUUGGCUCAGAGUGAUGUGAUUUAUUCACGAAUCGCACUAUUUUGUGCUCUAAAUCGCAUCUUUUUUUCAACCAAUGAGAAAGUAGCACUUAAACAAAACAACCAAUCAGAUUUCAAGGAUCAUUCACAGUAACCAAUCAAAUUGCAGGAAAACAAAAAACAAAUAAAGGCAAUAUUGUGUGGCAAACUUUGUGCAAGUUUUUUGUUGCCAAAACUUUCUUUUUACAAGGGCAAAAAUGGACGAAUUUAAUUACUUACAGUUUCUUAAUGAUGAUAGUGAGCUCCUUGAGGCUGAAGAAGUACUUUUAGGGGAGUUUCCGACAUUCAGUGUCCAGUUUGACGAAUAUUUUGAUAAUUUUUCCUCCACAUCCGCUCCGGAUGCGUGCGAUCCCGAGUCCAGCAACAAAGAGACAAAUCCAGAGCCAACUCAGAAAGUACAAAAUGUAGAUUCUACAAGGUUCCCUGAAAUCUCAAGCGAAGAAAUUGAAGAGCUCAAGGCUGUUGCCGUCAACAAAAAUACCUCCCGCUCGACAAAACAGUGGAUGAAUGUAUUCAAAAGUUGGUGCCAGUCUCGUCAUCUAGAAAAUGUAAACAUAGAAACAAUGGCGCCGGAAGAGCUUGACAACAUCCUGAGCAAGUUCUACGCCGAAGUAAAAAAAAGGGACGGAGAUGAUUACGAGCCGGAAUCCCUUAAAAUCAUGCAGAGUGCCAUUGAAAGGUAUUUAAAGGAGAAGAAUUAUCCGCUGAGCAUCGUACGAUCGAGGGAGUUUCACAACUCACAAGAAAUCCUCCACGCGAAGGCAAUUUCUCUGCGACAACAAGGAAAGGGGAAAAGACCAAACAAAUCUCAGCCUCUCACUUCGGAGGAAGAGUCUUCCCUCUGGCUAAAAGGUCAGCUUGGUGAUUUUAACGGAAAAGUCUUGACCAAUGUUAACUUCAAAAACUUGACUGAGCAACUUGGAUUCAGAGGUCGCCAGGAGCACUAUGACGCCUACGUAGAGGACUUCGUUAUAAGACAACAAGAAGACGGCAGCGAAGUUGUAGAAUUCCGUGAAGGUCCCACUAAAACACGAAGCGGUGGUCUAACAAUAUCGCGAAGAACAACACCACAAGCUAUGUAUUCCACCGAUGGCGGAAAAACUGAUCCAGUGCGCCUUUUCAAGCUUUGGUUAUCCAAGCGACCCGACGGAAUGAAAGAUAAAGGGCCACUGUACCUGAGCGUUAUAAAUCGUCCCAAAUCAAAUGAUAUCUGGUACACCAAAAUUAGAAUGGGCGAAAAUACCAUCGGCAACAUCAUGAAAUCCAUGGCCUCCUGUCUUAAGACGAACAAAAAACUGACCAACCACAGCAUGAGAAAAACGUUGGUGUCCAAAUUGAAAAAGUCUGGUCAGCCGCGCAACGUUAUUUGUGAAAUAACAGGCCAUGCACGUGAAUCUUCGUUGGACGACUACGACGAAAUAGACGAGAAUCAACGGAAAGAACUGUCUCACAUAAUUAGCGGAUUUAAAGUAGUGCCAAAUGAAAACGGUCCCAACGACGUUUCCAAUCAAAACAGUACAGCUGCAAAGGCACCAACAAUUCAAAACACAGUCCAACAGCCAGUCCUACACCAACGAGCACCACUGGUUCCUAUUAAUCGCGCCCAACAGCAAGGUCAAAUGCACCAGGCCAUAGAAUUCCUGAAUCCUGAUUUUCAGGCUGCUGGUUUAGCAGGAUUUCCGCCAAGUUGUCCCUCACAGUUUCAGUACCGCAUGGCAGCGUUGACGUGUGCUGGUAAUACUGCUGCUUCAUCGCAGAAUUACACCGGCUGUACUUUCAAUUUUUUCUCCCAAGAAAACGCGAUGCCUCAGCCACAACCGCAGAAGAAGCGAAGGGCUUAUAUUAUUGAGUCAGACGACGAGGAUUAAACUUUGAAGAAGACUAUUUUUGCAGCGACAAGAUUUUAGAACUGCUUGAACAUUUGCACGAAUGAAGUUUUUGCGCUCCAAUGGGUUUUUUGUAAAGUGACAUCUGUCAUUUUGUUUUGUUGACAUGGCAAGUACAUGUAAACGCGUUUCCGGUUCCGCUUUUUACGAACCAGCCUUUUGGACCAAUAAAUUCCAAUAAAUGCAGAUUUAAAAAAAAUGAGUGAUUUCAAAAUGGAUGUAAUAAAGUGGUAAUUGAACUUCGUGUCGUGCAAUUUUGGUCUGAAAUCAUACUUGUGAUUUCAAAUCGAACUCGCGCUGCGCGCUCGUUCGAUUUCGAAAUCACGCGUAUGAUUUCAGACCAAAUUGCACUCCACUCAGUUCAAUUACCGUUAUUAAUGACUUAUUUUAUUUCAUCAAAGAGGCGAAGCUGUCUAACUAUGCUGAUGAUGAUCAGCUGUAUUUUGCUGAUACUGAUCCAGCUGUUGUCGAACAUGUUCUCAACAAGGAACUUGCGGUGGUGUGUGAGUGGUUUUGUAAUAACAAGAUGAUCUUGAACCCUGAAAAAUGCAAGGCGCUGGUUCUCUCGCGGAAGCCCGAUGUCAAGCUAUCACUAUUUGCUGAAAGUGUUGCUUUACACUAGUUGAUACAGUUGAUCUGUUUGGGGUAACAGUGAAUGAUUUCCUGAAUUUUGGAAAGCACAUUACGAAAAUUAGCAAGAAAGUUGGAGAGCUGCUAGAUGUCCUUUGUAGACUAAAGAAAAUAUCAUCGUUUCCGACCAAACUCUGCCUUUAUACUUCGUUCAUAAUGUCUCAUUUUCAUUACUGUUUCUCGGUAUAGCAUCACUGUUUGAAGUCUGAUAGCAAAAAACUGGAUAGGGUGCAUGAACGAGUACCGUUCAUAUCUAUACAGUGAUGAAUCUUCUCAAACUAGCACUCUUUUUGGUUGCAUUGGUUUCAGCCUUAUGGGUCGACGUAUCUAGAACUUGUUAAUUAUAGUGUUUAAAGUAAUGAACAAUUAUCCACCUGAGUAUUUGAGAGACCUUUUCAGGUUAAGAGACCAUACUCAAAAACCUGAGAGGGGUUAACAAGCUACACGUAACGAAACCUAAUACGACUCGUUAUGGAAGAAAGUCAGUAAAAUACUUGGCGGCUAUCACUUGGAACAAGGUUCCUGAUACUUUAAGAUCCCUUAAUACAUUGUUAGCUUUUAAAAAAGCAAUUCGUCAGCUAAGGUUCUAACUUAUUCUCAAUAACAGCUUUAUCUAUCACGUAAUUGGGCUUUUUACUGUAAAUAGUUUUAUUGUAUAAUCAAGGCUUUACUAAAUUGUAAAUAAGUUCUUCUUUUCCCUUUUACUUAUCGUUAAUUUUAUUUAUUAGUUUUUUUUCCCGGCUUAUUAGCAUAUAUGAAUUAUUGCUAGAGGUCUAAACAACCUCAUCAAUCCCGGGAUUAAAUAAAGUUUCAUUCUUUCAUUCAACCGACAAUCGAGUCUUACUGUCUAGCCUGCGAAUACACCUGUCUCCUAGCGCUCCCCGCCGCUUGGGACCCUUGCGAGAGGGGCUCCUGCGUUUUGGUCUCUUGCGAAAAGGCCCCAGGGGCGGGAACGAUGAGAGACUGGUAUAUUCGCAGGCUAGUGUUUUGCUUAAACUCUUUUCUCUCAGUCUGAUUUCGCUCCUCAAAUUCCAAAUUGUAUGAAUACUCACUUUUUAUUUAAACCUUUUGAACUUACCCUAAGGGUACUUUUAUCAAGAAAGUAUCCCGGCCCCUUUUAUCAAAAUGUCCCCUUUCGCUACCCACUUCUGUUAGCGCACUAUCUUCUUAUGUCUAAGAUCAACCCAGUCACGUAAAUUAAGAUAAAAAACAUUGAUUUGAGUCGUUGUCAUCAUUAAUCAACUGAGAACCAUAAAUUUCUGAAAGAGUAUUUUCACUUUUCCCCAGGCUUUGAUAAAUGUCAUGACGAUGUGCUCUUCAAGAAAACUGGUGAGUUUCUGUUCUCUUCCCUUCUUUUUCUUUCUUUUUCAGCUUAAGGUAAGGUAGCUCACGGUGUUGUUUUUAAAAAUAGAUUUUGCCUGUUUUCUUUGACUGCAAGCAUUAAACCUCAAACUGGUAAAAGAAACAUCUUUUAUUGUCAGAAUUAUCGCCACGUAACAAAAAUAGAUGAACCCCGAGCAUUUUUAGCUACUUUCUUAUAGGGAAAAAGAAAGAAACUUGAUAUUUCGUAAGUUUAUCUGAAUACAUUUCGCCUUUAUCUCCUUCUGUUUCGUCUAUCCUCGCUUCGUUUUGAUUUAUCUAAAACAUAAUAUUUUCCUCCUGAGGUUGAAGCAGUUCAGUGUUAUAAUUUGUAAGUUAAUUCUUAGAUCUUUUAGUAAUGCGCGAGGAAAAUUGCCUCAAAGAGUGCUGUUGGAGCCCCUUUGCUAUAUUUGUGUCCUCCGAGAGAUAGGCUUUGUUGGGCAAUGUCAACUUCAAUGUACUAUUAAUAUUCAUGUCUCAGGUUUUAGAUGUUGACUUUUUUUCUUGCAGAGAUCAAAAGGAGUUCGUGUUUUUCCAAUUUUUGCGUCAAAACUAGAUACAAAAAGUCAAUAUGGCUUGUUAUAGUAAGUGGUUUUAAGUAAGGUUUAAUCAACUGUUUUACUUUAAAAUACUCGUGAAUAUCUGGUGGCGGUGAUGCGAGAUAAAUAUCAAUAAAAAACGUUCUCUACUGUCAAACGAUAAAAAAUUAUAUUUCUAUUGCGCAAAUAGAAUGGUUAUACGCGUUUUCUGCCAUUGAAUCCAUUCCAGUUGUUACGUGGUUUAGGCGUGAAAAUUUACCAUCGUAAAGAAACACAAAAAUGAUGUUUCACGGAGUCGCUCCAAUGAAAGGCUAGCGCUCAUAUUUCAAGUUUGCUGCCUGAAAAACAUUUUUCUUGUUACAUGCAAUUCCGUUAUUGCUAUGGUUAUGAAUGCUCCGUCUUCCCUUUUAUUGGCUUAAACUCUCGCGCCAUUUCUCAAACCCUGAGAAGUGAGACUAAGAGCAGCUGUCACUUAAGCACGUUUUUCCCGCGCUUAAGGUUUGCAACAUCUACUCGUCUUGGGUUUUGAUUAGUCAGAGUAAUCAGUUUAAGUCACACUAAACCUCCUUUCCAGAACGUCGUCUACGCGAAGUUCAAAAUCCUUGAAAUACGUUUCUGUAUUAAAUCAAAUAAAACUAAUUUUCAUAUGAGUGACAGGUUGUGCACUCAGCCUCAUUUUAAAAGUGAGAGUAUUUGGAAAACGGGAAAGGCCUACUUCGCUGACUCGAUUGAGUUCCCCCAUUGUAUCGUUUCUGUUAGGGGUGUUUACGUGAGAAAACUCGCACCUACGCGAGUUUCAUACCGGAAUGACUUCUUGAUUUCGUGUCGCGUUUACAAGUUUGUUCCCUGUCCCAUGAGCAACAUGACAACGCCAUCCUGAAUUGACGAAAACUACGCAUGCGCUACCCGUUCCAGUUUACCGGCAGACCGAUUUCACACCAAAGCGAGUGUUCGUUUCGCGUUUACAUGAUACCCUUGCGUAAGUUCCUACCGGAGUGAAAUUCUCGCUCUCGCUGUAAACACCCCCCUUACACGCUGAUUUUUUUUGCGCCUUUUUGGUGACUUAUAGUGAACGACUUAAGACUCUUGAAGGUUUACGAAAAACUCAGCUGAAAAUCGGUAAAAUACCCGCAACUUCAAAAUGCUAUGUGAAAUCUGACAUGGACUACAAUUUGAUACGAGGCUUUAAUUUUUUACAGUACCUUUCUUCAAGAUUGCAGCCACGCGGGAGUAGCCGGUUUGUUGAUAUACCUUCUGAAGGAACAAGUGAACCAAGCCCUUUGUGUAAGUAACACGUUGAAACUUUUGUUAAGAUUCAGUUUUUGCCUUUUUUGUGUGAAGGGAGUUUUGAAAGGAAUUUUCUGAAUUGUUUUCAGUCUUCAACAGAGGAGCCCUGGUUCCAAGGAACUCGUUUUAUGUCGAUAUUUCAGCUGGUUCUCAGACUUCCCUCAAAAACUGGGACAGAAAAGGACCUGGUACAAGAAACUGAUAGGUAAUCGAUCCAUCUCUUUCAGAAGGUACAUACGGUACCAGAUUGUCUGGAGUUUUCUUCGAGGUUUCACUUUCCAUCCAAGCUGUUGUUUUAUUCGAGAUAUGUGGUUAUUACUUUCACUUCUGUUUGCAGGAUUAUGGGGGCUCUUAACUGCCUGCGGUUUAUUCUUCUAAGAGAUAACUGCGACAAGGUGAAAAAGAAUUUUUAUUAGUUAUUUUGAGGCUGCUAGUGACACUCGGUCGGUUUUGUGUCGAAGUGCACUAUGGGACUGUUUUUGGAAGGAAUUUUGACCCAGUUUCCAAACGCGACUUUGUAAUAACCAAUGAAAGAGUCGAUAGCGUCUCCCACAGUGCAAUUCGACACAACAACGACUCAGUCUCGUGCGCAACCUCUAAAGGGCCAAAAUGGGCAAAGUCAAAACCCGUUUUCAGACCAAAACGGCUCAAAAACCAUACCCUUUGGGGCGGCACAUACCUAAAUGGCUUAUAUGAGGGAGGACCCCAGAGGACAACUGUUAAGAUCCAUAAAUGUGAAAUGACCCCUGAAAUAUUUGCAUGAAUGCAUGCUUCACGCGUGAUUGGCUGUCUGCUAAAACGGGGUUCCGAAUCAGGUCAAAAAAGAAAAAUGUAAACAAUUAAAUAAGAACACUAUUUGUCUUCUUCCGAAGGGUUUGGUAGAAGAAAUUGUUUGCUAAGACCCGAGAGCUGAAGCUGAAGUUUGUAUUCGUGCUUUUCUAAAUUUGAUUUUGAUCACUGGCAAAUCUUUGAUGCGGCAACGCCGAACACCAGUCAUGCCAGUAAUAAAAGAGGACUCAGAAGUUUCAUGUAGCUUGGAUAAGGAUUCUAAAUGGGAUUCAAUUCACGCAGUUUCCUAACGCUAAUCAUUAAACUUAAGAGUAAUUUGCUGUUUGGUGUUCAAGCGUUAUUGUUUUUGUUCUCUUACCAUAAUUAUUAUCUGAAAUGACCCACCCCUUCCCCUCAAAAAUCAGAAGUUUGGCAAUAACGCAGGGGAGGGGGACGGGAAACCUGAUCCGUCCCCCAUUUUGUCUUUAUGCUGCACAGACGAGGCGGCCUCGAUAUUUUGAUUGGGCGUUUCCCUGAAGAGCAGCCCAAUAAUUACUGUAAGCCCUUAUCAUUCCAUUCCCCUACGCAACCCUUAAAAGGUUGAUCACGUGACACCAUGAUACCAUAGGCCCAUCUGUUCACUCUCUUGCUCUUUUCUUGUAGCUUGAUCUCACAGUCAUUUUUGACUUCCCGAUCGGCAGAUCAACACCAUACAAGUUAGCUUAGGUAGCUGUCAGCGUAGUGUAUGGGUCCCCAUUACUACCAACCAGGACUUUGCGAAACAUAUGCUACUGUGUCUACAUAUGAACUGGCUAACCACCGUGCUUUUUUCUUGUUGUUUUAGACAACAGUUUGGAAAAACUUCAAAACUAUUGAGACGAAUUUCGUGGACCCCUUAAGAGAAACAUUGAAAAUAACCAGAAUACAAUACCAAGCAGAACUGUUAAGCAAACGGAACGAAAUGACCGGAAAUAAACGUAAGUUCGGCGGCAACAAGUUUAGAGCUAUCAACCCACACCGGCUCUCCGACUUCAGUCUGAGCCCGCGUAGCAAUCGUUACGAAACGAGUUAUUGCGUGACAGUUGGCGCGAGGGAAUGAAACAAAAAUGGAAGAAGAGGGGAGGGGAGCGUACACCGUUUUUGCUCUCUUUUCAACUUUCAUGACGAACUCCUGCGGAAACGCUUGCUACGAAUACUAACUUUAGUCGGUCGCCGGGCUUGAGACGUGUAAAGAGAAAUAAAGAAGAAGUUAAAAAUUAGUGUUUUGAAAUAUUGAAUAUGAGAUAUCAUCAGAACUGCAGGAUGAAAACUUAAAUAUAAAGAAAAUUAUUGCAGUGAUGGACGCAACUUUUGCAGUUGAGAAAGGAACGGCUUGGAAAAUUCGGGCUUUGGAGAAGUGCUGAAGUACCUGUACACAUAUAGUGUACUAGUUUUUUUGUGUGUGUUUAAAGACACUCAGCUCUUCUCGCGCACUCUGUUCAGUGCCUACUUCAUUCACUUCAUACACCUUGUUAAAAAUUGAGCGAGCAAGUCUUAAGUGCCCUUUUUUUUUUUCAGGAAUGGAGGCAAAAGAAGAUAUUGAAUUUAACAUCAAAAGUCCCGAUGGCAAGUCACUGGAGGUGAUGCCUCUAAGAGACCAGUGUGAGGUGAGAUGGAAAUUCCUAUAUUCAUCUGGAAACAUUGUGAUUAUAUUCCCCGGCUGCAGGAGUCAAAAAAUGCGCACGACUGGGUCGAGUUGUUCAAAGGCCGAUUAGCGUAAAUGCACGGUCUAAAAUCUAGGGUUAGUUACUAUGAAAACGCAUGUGUCGUUUUACAGUUAACCCAGGAUUAGAUCUAACCCGGUUUCGAGCAACUCGACCAUGGAGUUCAUUUGAACGCAUGAUGUCUCCCCUGGGAAAGAUAAGCAUUAACAUCUGGGAAUUUGCUCACCUACCCCUUCCCUAAUUUCUCCAUUGGUGCAAUAUUUUGGGUACGCCCCAUUCAUAUUUUUCACGUGUACGGUUCACGGCACUUAAGAUUUGUUAGAAGUCGGCUUGGAAUUUAUCGACAACAGUGGCGAGUGUUAAACAAAGUAUUUGAAAUCUUUUCACAGUUGGUGAUUUCCUGUAUAUGUGGUUGUUUGCAGGCGCUGCAGUCUGGCCUAUACUCGCUAGAUAUGAUGGAAAGCGUUGUUGCCAGAAUAUCAGAGAUCGCGAACAGUCGAAGCAAAGUAGGAAAAUAA